AUGUCUGAUAAAAAUAAAUCGAAUAAACAAUCCGCAGAUCCUGAAUUGGAUGAUCUUUUAAGUAAUGCUCUAGGAGACUUUGACCGAUUAUCCGUAACAAAUGAACAAAAACAAGACCAAACAGCGAGUUCGACAUCAAAAGAGGUAACAAAAGACCUGGAAAAAUCUCCAGAACCACUGAUUGAUGAAAUGUGGUCACAAGAAUUUAUUAAUCAAACGGCUUCACAGUUUCAAAAAAAUUUGCAAAAAAUUAUCCAAAAUGGGAGUGACGGCGAUUUCAAUGCAUCAUUGGCGAAAAUGGCGCAAACAGUAGCAGAAUCCAUGGCUUCAACUUCCGGAGCUGAUGGCGAGUCUGCUGCUGAUAUCGGUGAUAACUUGGAUUUCCAAGCGGCUAUUGCUCAAGCUUUCAAAGACAUACCACACCCCACUGAAGAGAUGAAGGCUUCUGGAUCUGGUUUCAACGAGACCGAACUAUUAUCGAUGUUCGGACAGCCAUCAGACGAAUCUGGUGGGGAUAUAUUUCCUUUUAUGCAAGGGAUGAUGCAGUCUUUAUUGUCUAAAGAAGUAUUGUAUCCACCAUUGAAGGAUUUAGUCGAUAAAUAUCCCGAUUGGCUAGAUGAAAAAAAAAGUAAUCUUGCCGCAGCCGAUUUCGAAAGAUAUACGAGGCAAUUUCUCCUCAUGCAAAAAGUAUGUAAGGAAUUAGAGACUGAGAAAAGCGAUGAUGCUGACGAAGUCAAAAAAUCACGCUUUGACAAAGUCCUGGAUCUUAUGCAUGAGAUGCAGACAUGCGGGCAACCACCAGAUGAUUUAAUUGGUGAGCAAACGGGUUUAUUUCAGUUGGACGAUAUGGGUAAUCCUGUAUUGCCACCGGGUGUUGAUCCCUCAAAUUGUUGUAUAAUGUAA